GCUACAUCGCACCCGCGACAAUUCCGCGGUCAAUCGUUUGCGUGGCACUGCUCCUCUUCUUCGUGCUGUUUUGGCUGCUUAGCGGCCUCAUCGUUAGCUGGUGAGGCAUGAGGCUCAUUCGCUUACUACAUCUUGCUGGUCUCGCUGUGUUGGUGUCAUCAUUGAGUCCAGCAUCAUCGGAGGAUGCCGUAACCUCUACGUUGAACUGCACGACAACCGAUGGUUUCGUCAGUUUUCAUCCAACAAAUGCCAGCCGUGUCGAUGAAGCAGCCAAUAACAAGCCGAAAGAGGAGCAGCAGAGAUUUAAUAGAUUUUCAAGUGAUCGUCGUUAUGAUAGUUAUUCUGGGGGUAGUAAAAUAAAUCGACGAUAUGAGCUUCCCAAAGUAGCGAGUCAAAAUGAUAAUGUAGAUAACAAUCAGAAUAAAGAUUCUCAAGGUCAUGCGUCAAGUCGACAUCUAGAUCAUGAUCGAAGGUUUCUUACAGGAGCCAGUGGUGAUUAUUUCAGGCGAGAGCAAACUAAAAAUAAUCAGCGUCAUUCAGCGAAUAGCUACCCAAAUGACGAUUAUAGCUCAAAGGGAGAUGAUAGACUUGAUUACGUGAAUGGUAAUAAUGACAGAGUAAAGUUUGAUCCAUCAAGCCAUUACUUAAAUGAAAACCGAAGAUAUGAUCUUAGUACUGAACAUAAUGACCAAGGGAAAGAUAUACGUGAUCAUCCAUUAAACCCUUAUGAUGAUCAUGUUUCGAUUUCAAAAACGGAUUUCGAAAACGUUCGUGAAAACUAUAACCUAGAAAAAUAUGAACGGACUCGUCCACGGAAUCGUUUUGAUGAAGAUCAUACUCUGAAAGCGAAUUUUGAUCACGAUAACAUAAAUAUUGAUCGAAAGAAUGAAUGGGAUUAUUUAAAAACUCAUUUCAAUGAUGAUAAAAAGAUUGAUUAUCAACGAUCGAAUAUUAAUCGAGAAAAAAAUGAACAAAAUCAUCUAUUGAAUCGUUUCAAUACUGAUCGCGGUUUAGGAAUGGACAAUGACAAUCAAAACAAAAAUAUACAAAGCCGGCCUCAAAGUCGUCAUUUGGAUAAUAAUAAAACAAAAAAUGAUCACGACCAAAUUACUGGUCUUGACCUUGAAACAAGUAAUUCAGAUGAAAAUUUGAAUGUCUAUCCUUUAAAUACAAACUCAAAUAGAAACCCUGAUGAUAAAAUAAUGGAAGUCAUUGAUAAAAGUUUGGAAGUUCAACCUUUGGAACAACAUGGAACUGAAAAUUACGCCAACAAUUUUAAUGAAAACAAAAAUGUUGGUCAUGAUGAAACUAGAGGAAGUAUUGAUAAACGUGUCGAGGAUUUACAUCCAGUAAAAAGCUUAGUAGACCAUAAAUUAAAUGAUCCAAUAGACUAUCAUCACAUGCAUGACACACGUUCUGAACAAAAUCCAAUUGAUCAAAAUUCUAAAAGACAUUUUAAAGAUCUUCAUGAUGAUGAACAUUCACAUCCAAACUACUAUAAAGAUCCUUAUUAUUCAUCGUUUGAUAGAGACUAUAAAGACCAAAAUUCUGAUAGACGUACGAACAAUGAUAAAUAUACUAACUAUCGGGACAGGAUUUUACCUGAUGAACAUAAUGAUGACUUAAAUUUCGACCAGCAUCCUCUAAAAGAACAUUCAGAUGAUAUAUAUUCGGAAAAACAUACAAGUGACGCAAGUGCAAGUAAAUUACCUCCAAGAGAUCAUCAUGAGAAAUUACAUUCUAAUCAACCAGCAAGUAAUCGAGAUUUUGGACCACACAGUGAUCCUUUACCUGAACGACGACUUGGAAGUAAUCUCCAUCCCGAUGAACGUCUGAGCGACAGGAAUUAUGACAGGAAAAUUAGUAGCCAUAUACCAAAUCGGUACAGAGAUGAUGAUCUACAUGUCGUGCCCAAAGUCAAGGAUCUAAACUAUGAUAAAUAUCCAGAUGAAAAGAUAACGGAUGAUUACACAACCAUAGAACCUCGAAAAGAAUCAAAUAUAUCACAUUUGAUGACUUUCACGGUUUUAAGAGACUGGGAAGAAAACAGACCUAAACUAAUCUUUCCGAAUAAAACAGGUAUUGAAAGAUACAGAAUGGCCACACUUCAUCUUGACAAAGGAAUAUUUGUCUUUGAUUUUCUACGUUAUUUUCUAUCUUUCAUUCAACCAAAAGAUGUUCCAAUAGAUAUUCUGAAAGACUCUAUAGAGGGUAAAAUAAGGGUAUCAACGUUAAUUGGACAGAUGAUAUAUCUGGAAAUCCUUUUCAUCGCUGUUAUAGUUAUGAUGAUCAUUUUAAUGCUCAUUGUGCCCAGCACUGAAUUCUGGUUAUGCUGUCGGUCAAGCCGUUACAAUUAUAGGCGUAAACGCCGUAGAUCAAUGACAUUCUUCCUCUGUUUAUACACUUUAACGAUUCUAGUGUGCGCGGUAACAAUGCUAGUCUGUAACGAGGAGGUGAGCAUAGGUAUAAAGACGAUUCCCAAGACAGUGGAAGCAGUGAUACAGGAUCUCAGAGACUAUCACGCAGGCACUGCUGGCCAACUGAGAAAGUGUCUUACGCGUAGCCUUGAUGUCGCCAGCGAAGCCAUACUUGCUGAUCUCGAUAACGUUGAGGAAUUGCUGGGUAAGCCAGUGCAAGUGCAACUGUCACAGGAGACUGGAGUGGACAUCGCGCUCGAGGCGCUAAUGGACGUUGCUAACAGUUCGCAAGAAUUAGCAUACAAGACGGACGGUUUGCUGAAGCGAGCGGAUCGUGCACGUGAAUUUGCAGCUGAGUUGGGCCGUGAGACCGAUGAUAUACGUCGUGAUCUCGAACGAGCACAACGUGACUGUGGCCAUGAAGAUCGUUCACUAUGUGCUGUACUCGAUCCUACGGGACUUCAUCUGGCACUCAGACUCGAUAGGGUGGCUCGGGACGACCGUCUAUUGAGGCUACGAACGGCUAGCCGAGAUAACUUGACUGAACUAGGAAGACAAGCGCGAGGAGAGUACCUUUACGUGCCUCACCAUAUCGGUAGGAACAGCCUCGAGGCGCGCAAUCUAAUAAGACGAGAAGUGAACACUGCUCGUGCAAAGGUAUCGGACGAAGCAAGGAGCAUCGAAGCAGGUAGUUCGGACAUGACUAAUCAGCUAGACUCGAUACGCGAGCUUAGCGACAAAGCCCUGCCAUAUAUUAAGAAAUUCGAGCAGAAACGAUGGUUAUUUGGAUUUUCCACGGCAAUGUGCGUACUGUUCAUCUGGCUAUUGCUUUUCGGCGCAGUCUGCUGUCGUUGCGGCUGUUCCGAAGGCCGAGUUCGUCCCACUCUUUUGUGGUUCAUCUUUUUCAGUACAUUCGUGUCGAUUGGCUUAUGGUUAGUGGUUAUGAUGGUACUCACAAUUGCUUCACAUACGGAAAUGUUACUUUGUCGGCCACUCGAUGAUCCUGAAUUUAGGACGGUUGAGGCGAUUCUUCAGACGCGGCCUUUUCUGGGCAAAAGGUUGAGCGUGCCACUCAAAGAUCUUUUUGAAAAGUGCGAGGAGAAUGACGCAGCUUAUCCAGCCUAUCAGUUACACAACAGUGGGCAUUUGGAACAAUUAACAUCGCACUGGACGUGGAACGGCUUGACACGUGCUUUUUCAAGGCUCAGAGUCGACCUCACUGGGUUACGAAUAUUAUCACCGAAUCUACGCGAACGACUGCAAAAUUUACUCUACGCCAGCGGACCUAAUCUCACCGAGCACCGAAUUAUGAUUCAAGGAUCAAUACUCAACAAAGACUUGAACGCACUGUCGGAUCAAGUGGAAAAUGUAGCUCGCCAACUGACGGAUCGCCGUACGGCACGUACUUUUCAAACGAUAGCCGCGCAAAUGCGCGACUUACUGUCGAGACGGGUUAAGCCGCUGAUGAAGAUGCAAGACGAGCUGGUUUAUCAUUUGGCGACGCUCGAACUUCAUUUGCAACCGCUUCAAGAGAAAGUAAACCAGACAAUGUUGCAACUACGCAACGUACAGUACUUUAUCGAUAAUCAGGGCGACAAAAUUGCUCAGCUUAAAACAAAAGCAUUCGUGGAUAGACUGAGUAGCUAUCUAGACGAGUGGCGAGCGCACGUGCUAACCGAGAUGAGCACCAAGGUAUCCAAGUGUCGACCUCUCUGGGAUAUUCUUCAAGGCAUCAAGCUGCUUAUUUGUAGUCACAUUUUGGGUCCACUGAAUGGGUUCUGGUUUGCAACAUUCAUAUGUGCAAUGACGUUAGUAUUAUGUACUCCCUCGGCUCAUAGCGUCGCAUCGGGAUACCAUCGAGUAGCUUCCAGCAAAGGAUCAGUGCUUUUACCGUCGCGACAGGGCAGUCCAGAUACUGUUGUCAUGGAACGCGAAACUUGGCAAACUCCACCACCGCCAUCGAUCGACAGUUGGUGAACCGAAAAUUUGUUAAAAAAUACUCAUCAAUCUACUAAAUCAAGAAUAAAUCAAUGUUUGCUAGUUUUCAACGCUGCAAUAAUUUUUCUUCAAUCAUUAUUAUACAUCGAAAAAGAAAAGUUGCUUUUAAAGAUAAUCAUUAUUAUUAAAUAUUAAAUAGUUACAUUAGUUUGUUUUUGUAUAACUACUUUUUAUCAUUAUAAAACAUUUAAGCGAACACUGUCAUUUUUGUUAUUUAUGAAUGAUUUGUAAGUAAAA